AUGGCUCGGACCAAGCAGAUUGGUCGAAGCGGAAGGGGCAAAGUGACUGGCCGAGGACACAAUGCCCCACGUCGGACUAAGCGCCAUUACGGUGAUGAAGAUGGCUUCGUGGAGGCCCAGAAGAAAGCCGAGCGGCGCGAGAGAAUCUUGGCAGAUCGACGUCGCAUCGAGGCGAAAUGGCGUCCCAAGAUUCCAGAGGCCAAGAAGGUCAACUUUGAAGACUUUAAAAAUCAUUUUCAAGAAAUUGAAGAGCCGGAAUACGCCAUUGAAGUCCUGAUGGCUGCCCCCAACCUUCAGGCACAGAUCAGACGCGAACAAGGACUACGGCGCAAGGAGCACCUGACACGCAUGAGGGAGAGUUGGAUGUACGAGUAUGGCUACCCAGCUCCUUAUGUCCAUCAGCCCGAAAAGGCUGCGGAGCAGAGAGCCAGGAGAGAGAAGAGAAACGAUGCAUCUCAGCUCUCGGGGUCGCAGAUGCAUCGGGUCCGUAUCCAGUCGCAGCCCGUCCUGGGUCACCUGACCUCCUUACUCAAUGAGUCGUUCAAACGAUCUACACCGCGGACUUUUGUUCGCCCUUUCAAGGCUCUGGUAUACUUCCAGCCCAAGAUGAAGGCCAUUCUUUCCACUCUCGAGGAGAAGUGGGGAGACGUCGAAGAGCUGGGUGAUGUCUCUGGGAAAGGCACAGAUUGUCCUGACGACAUCGAUGUUAUUGAGAAGCCCAACCAUUCUUCAGCUUCUAUGUUGGAGGAUGAGAAUGGCAAUGAGAACCAAACUAUCGAAGAUGGUGAUGAUGACGAUGACAACAAGUCCAUCCAAUCAGUCGAUUCAAAUGCUGAUGACAUAGAAAAUGUAAUGGACGGCACGGAAGCACUGCGGGACAUGCGCUGCUAUGUGGAAUUUGUGGACAAGGAAAUCAUGCCUCUAUACCAUCAGUUUGAUGGAAAUGCCGCUCCCAAGGUCAAAUUUGACGACCUGUGGGCCUUGUUCCGUGUCGGGGACCUCAUCUAUAUGCCUGCUGCGAGCGAGUCGGGUGGCCGCUAUCACGAAGUGUGGCGCAUCUACCGAGUAAAGACGCCUGAAGUAGAUACCUCGUAUCCGGAGUCUGGAUGGGAGUUCUUUGCCGACGAAUUCCAGGAAACAAAGUCUGACCGCUUCAAGAUCUACGCUUAUUACAUCGACCAUGACGGCACGGGCUUUGGUGCCGUGCGCCACACUUUUGAGAUCGAAACCUUUCCUGGAGAACGAGCCGUGGAUAGCCUUGAAGUUUUCCCCAUCCGGUAUUGGGAAGACCACGAGAAUGUGCUCCACUCACUGAAAGCUCAGGGGAGGAGUUUCCAAAAAUUCCUUGAAGCCAGCGAUCGCCAUCAAUCAUACUCUGCUUGGACACUGACUCGCAACCCGCCGAACGACUCCGAGUUUGAAGAUGAAGAGGUAGGGGAGAUCCUUCGAGACGAAAAGGGUGAUAUGAUGCGGCACCCUGAGUUCGUUGAAAGCGACGUUAUUGUGGAUAUGACCGAGGCCUACCAAAGAAACCCGGACUGGCGGCCCCAGUUCCACAGCCCAUCUCUGACGAAGUCGAUCCGCUGCAAUGCCGAGGAGGAUUCUAUGGCUGUUCAGCAAUGGUUUGAUGGCGCACGCAACAGGCUCGCCUUCUCUAGCCCUGAGAUGGUCCAAACGCUGGAUGGGGUAGAGACUUGGCAGCGUCGCGAGAACCUCAAUCUCGACCAGUUUCUCCGUCAAAGAGUCCGCGGAACUCGUCAUUAUGAGAAGGAUCCGAGCGCCCUAAGCCUACGCGACGAAGAUCUUGUCUUACUUCCUAAGCUUUCACAUUUCCAAAAGAAGGUGCUUGAGCGUCGCUAUGCUGAGGUGCCGACGGAGGGACCAAGCCAGGAUAUCAUCCAGGGUAAAGGCCGAGGCUUGGUCGUUCUUUUGCAUGGUGUUCCAGGGGUAGGCAAGACAGCCACCGCCGAGGCUGUGGCAGUGGAGAACCGCAAGCCCCUGUUUGUUAUCACCUGCGGCGAUCUUGGUUUGACGCCCUCCGAGGUCGAGACAUCGUUGAUCAAUGUCUUCCGUCUGGCCCAUUUGUGGGACUGCGUGCUCCUGCUUGACGAAGCUGACGUGUUCCUGACGCAAAGAUCCAAAGACGACAUGAACCGCAAUGCCCUCGUUUCUGUGUUUCUGCGGGUGUUGGAGUACUACAACGGUCUUCUCUUUCUGACAACCAACCGCGUAGGCAGCAUCGACGAUGCCUUCAAGUCGCGCAUUCACAUGUCGCUGUACUAUCCUCCACUUGACAAGACACAGACCCGCGAUAUCUUCCGUCUCAAUAUCACCAAGCUUCGCGAGAUAGAGAGACAGCGCUGCACCAUGACUGGCGAUAAGCCUUUGGUCAUCAAAGACGACGAGAUCCUUGCAUUCGCUUCAAAACACUACGAAGACAAUGCGCGUUUAACAGCCUGUUGGAACGGCCGGCAAAUCCGGAACGCCUUUCAAGUGGCCUCGAGCCUGGCGCAUUACAAGUAUCUUGGCGAACUCGAGGCUGCACGACGUUGCGGCCAGGCACCACCUGCUGGUCCUGUGUUGGAUCGGUCAUUGUUUGAGAAGGUUCAGAUGUCAACUGUAAGCUUCGACAAGCACAUGCAGGAGAGUCGUGGCUUCGACGUGGACUUGCCUUUGCGGAAUGCUUUCAAAACUAUGCAUUGA